AUGUCCUUGUUCAAGAAGCUGGACCCGAAGACGGAUGUGGGCACGCCCACGUCGCUCAAGUCGUCAGUGCAGCGCGGAAUCCGGACCAAGCUGCUCGAGCAGUACGAGGACACGCUCGGCGCGAACGACGGCGCGCUCCUCGAGCAGAUCAUGCCGAAGAAGGAGCCGAUGACUGUCGUCAAGUUCAAGCGCGAGCAUGUGCAGAUUGUCCUCUCCAAGGGCCUGCCGGUGUUCUUCCAGCACUAUGACGGCCCUUACCUGCCGACGCUCCAUGUCCUCCACCAAUACCCGGCGCUCCUGCCCUGGAUCCAGGUGGACCGCGGCGCGAUCAAGUUUUUGCUGUCUGGUGCGAAUGUCAUGUCGCCCGGCCUGACGUCGGCGGGCGGCCACCUGCCGGAUGCGUCGAACGGCGAAAAGCCCCUUGCAAAGGGCACGCCGGUCGCCAUCCGUUCGCAAGGCAAGCAGCACGAGGUCUCGGUCGGUGUCCUGCUCCUCGGCACCGACGAGAUCAAGACGCAAGGCAAAGGCAAUGCGGUGGACAAUGUGCACUACCUCGGUGACGAUCUCUACGCUGCGUGCAGCCGCGGGGGCUUCCAGUAA